CCGAAACCCACAUUCAGACCAAAAGACAACCUGGUAUUACAUCAGUAACACAAAGCGAUCGAUGUGUUUGGUGUUUGUGAGCGACGAGGAAGAAAGGGUCCUGGGGAGACAGGCAGCACCAGGGGCAUGCCCUUAUUGUGGAGGGAUUGUUCAGGCCAUGGAUGUGGAGAAGCAGUGGAGGUUCUGCUUUCUACCCUUAUGCUUUAGGACCAAACGUAGAUACCACUGUACCAUGUGCACAAGAACAUUAGAAGUUGUGUGACAACUCAUUAUUCAUAGUAUGCAACUUCCAAUGAGGAAUUAAAGCUUUGUUUUUUAUUACUUUUUUUCUUUUUUCUUUUGAUAAUUUUGUUUCUCCUUUUCUGUUUGUUUGUGUGUACAUUCAUUGAUUGGGGAGUAUGUAAUGAUUUUAGUUCAAUCAUAGCUUAUACUUGUAUGUACAUAUGAUACUUGCAAUAUUGAUGAAAAAUACAGUGUGAUAAUUUGUUAUCA